CAGGAGUUAGCUUCGCGGCCACAUUUCCGUGUAGCAUUUCCACGUUUUACAAUUUAUUGGAUAUUAAGGCAUAAUAAUUAGGCUUGUUAGAGAAAAGAAUCAGUCGCGUGGGAAGGACACCAAACUGAAACGAUGACGGGCUCGAACGAGUACAAGCUAAACCAGGGACCAGAGGACAGCAUCUCUGCUGUCAAGUUCAGUCCCACUGCAACCCAGUUCCUGCUGGUUUCCUCUUGGGACGGCACUGUCCGUCUCUUUGAUGUCGGAGGCAACACCAUGCGGAUGAAGUACCAGCACACAGCUCCAGUUCUUGACUGUGCUUUUUAUGACCCAACACAUUCUUGGAGCGGAGGCUUAGAUGCACAAUUAAAAACGCAUGAUUUGAACACAGACCAAGGUACUAUCGUCGGAACACAUGACGCCCCCAUUCGCUGUGUGGAAUACUGCCCAGAUGUUAAUGUCAUGGUAACGGGUAGCUGGGACCGAUCAGUUCGGCUGUGGGACCCAAGGACGCCCUGCAACGCUGGCACCUUCACUCAGCCUGAAAAGGUGUAUACCCUCUCUGUGGCUGGAGAUAGGCUGAUUGUUGGCACAGCUGGGAGACGAGUACUGGUGUGGGAUUUAAGAAACAUGGGCUAUGUACAGCAAAGAAGAGAGUCCAGCCUCAAGUAUCAAACCCGCUGCAUUCGAGCCUUCCCAAACAAACAGGGCUACGUCUUGAGUUCAAUCGAGGGCCGUGUAGCCGUGGAGUACCUGGACCCAAGCCCCGAGUUUCAGAAGAAGAAGUAUGCCUUCAAAUGCCACAGGCUGAAGGAGGAAGGAAUUGAGCAGGUUUACCCUGUCAACGCCAUCUCAUUUCACAGUAUUCAUAACACCUUUGCCACAGGUGGCUCCGACGGCUUUGUGAACAUCUGGGACCCCUUCAACAAGAAGCGCCUGUGUCAGUUCCACAGGUACCCGACCAGCAUCGCCUCACUGGCCUUCAACAACGACGGCACCAUGCUCGCAAUCGCCUCCUCCUACAUGCACGAGAAGGGUGACAUCAACCACCCCGAGGACGCCAUCUUCAUCCGCCAAGUCACAGAUGCUGAGACGAAACCCAAGUCAACCUAAGUCCACCCUGGACCGGUUCCCUCUGCGUAUGAAGCCUUUAUCACAUUUGGGUUAUGUGCUGGCGUCCAGUGUACCAUUACCAAAUUGUUUGCCGUAAUGUCUGUCCAUACCCGAACAAUUGUUUUCUCUCUUGUAAGUCAUAGUUGUGUAAACCUUUCUUCUCGUUUGUGGCUCUUGUUAAAUAUUUAAUUGUUUCAUGUUUGUUCUGAAAACUGAUUCUUGUUCUUCACUCAAACAUUUUUAAAUCAUUCUUUUUGCCUUUUUUUUCCCUCUUUUUUUGUUGUCAUUCUAGAGUCAUCAAAAGUUUAGUAUUUACUCUAAUGGUGGCGUUACAUUUUAUAUCAUACUGAAGCUGUUCUUGGAUCAGGCUUGUAACACCUAUUUGAGUUUGAAACUUUGACACUCUAAUAAAACAUUUUGUAUCUUUUUAAAGUUUGAAGCAUAACAUUUUGUCACCUGUACCUGUGAAAGAAAUGCUAGGAAUGCGUCCGGGCGGUAGAGGUCUAUCUUCUUGAUGUGUUGAGGGAAAGCGAUGAUCCACUCGUCAUGCCGAGGGCUCCACUUGCCCCCAUGCGCUGACCUGUAGUGAUAGACAUCGGAGGUCUAAACCAGAUCCUGCUUUAUUAUCGGGAGAAAAUGACUAAACUGGAUGACCCGGUUGCAUCUGGCAGGCUGAGGGCGUCACUGUGCAAUGGGGGAUUGUUUUUUAACUCAUUGAGAAAUGUAUACAGAGAGGGCGUCAUGCAUAAAGCAUUCAGCAAAUUGUAUUAUUAUAGACGAUAAAGGGGGAUAGCAGAGUUUUUAUCCAGUGAGCGCGUACUUUUUUAAAAAACUCGCUGAAUUGAUCUGCUGCUGUUUUGUAGGUUGAUACACAGGACAGCUUUUUUUAAUGCCAUAUUCAGCAUUAUAUGAAUGGGGAGCGUAAACGCAGCGCAGUGCCCCGCAAAACUCUACGUGGUGUCUUUUUCCCUCGGUUCAGAUUUUCAAUUGCAACUAAUGCAAUUUCUGAAACCCCUCAGCCAAAGCAGCAGAGAAGAUAUAGAUGUCAAUUAUUCUAUUUAAGAGCCCCAAUUUUUUCUAAUGACUAUCUGCUUCUGUGAUAUCCUGGAAAUGAUUAGUCUGGAUUGGUUAAAUGAUGUAACUAAGUCUCAUGAUUGUCGAUAAUGAGUCCGUCUUGGACGCUGGAUUAUGACUGCAGCUUAAUAUGAAAUGGCUUUCAUUUUGGGACCUAAUUACAACCCGUGGAGCAGGCGGAGAGUGGCCCCCGGGGUUUGUUGUUGGGGCGACAGCGAAUUACCUUGUUUCCCGUCAGCUUUGGCUUACACUAAAUUAGAAAAUUUGAGGAUGCAUUAAAACCGCAACACGG